GCAGUCCCACAGACAGACAGACAGACAGAGAGACAGACAGAGAGACAGACAGAGAGACAGACAGGUUUUAAUGAGUUAGUGACAGUCGGAGUGGAUGGCCAGAUGAGAGCUUUAACCCAACUUGUCUUCCCUUAAAGCUGACGGAGUGGAAGAAGAUGGAGCAGGAAACGUAUCAUAUAGCUGACUACGACUACAACUAUACCGACUAUACCGAUGAGCUGAUUGGACCUUGUACCUUCCAGAACAACAACAGCGUUGAGCUGGUCAUCGGCCCGUACGUGCACUCCAUCAUCUGCAUCCUGGGCUUCGUGGGGAACAGCAUGGUGAUCGUCACGUACGCCUUCUACAAGCGGACCAAGUCCAUGACGGACGUGUACCUGCUGAACGUGGCCAUCGCCGACCUCCUCUUCGUGGUAUCGCUGCCUCUCAUCGUGUACAACGAGCUGUCGGAGUGGCCGAUGGGGCCGAUAGCGUGCAAGCUGCUGCGCAGCUCCUACAGCGUGAACCUGUACAGCGGCAUGCUGCUGCUCGCCUGCAUCAGCACCGACAGGUACAUCGCUAUCGUGCAGGCUCGCCACAGCUUCAGACUGCGCUCGCUGGCCUACAGCCGUGUCAUCUGCGCCAUCGUGUGGGCAUCCGCUGUACUGCUGUCCGUCCCGGACUUUUACUUCUACCACUGGUACGAGCCGUCCCACAGCGUGGAGAUGUUCAUGUACGAAGACGAAGAAUCAACAAAUAUCUCCACGCCUCCUGGGCACGUUUGCGAGUUCAGGUUCACAGACAACAACACAGCGUUGACAACCAUGAUGGCAGUGCCCAGCACCCAGCUGGCCGUGGGUUUCAUCCUGCCGCUGCUCGUCAUGGUCUUCUGCUACACCGCCAUCAUCGUCACCCUGCUGAAAGCCAGAAACUUCCAGCGACACAAAGCGGUGCGGGUGGUGCUGGCCGUGGUGGCCGUGUUCGUCGUCUGCCACUUGCCGUACAACGUGACGCUGUUCUACGACACGGCCAGCAUGUUCAAGCUGCAGUCGUGCCAAGACUCGGACAUCCUACAAGUGGCCAAGACGGUGACGCAGACCAUCGCCUACCUGCACUGCUGCCUGAACCCGGUGCUGUACGCCUUCGUAGGCGUGAAGUUCAGGAACCACUUCAGGAGGAUCGUCCAGGAUCUGUGUUGUCUGGGGAAGAGACACAUUGCCCCUCGACGGUUCUCCAGGUUAACCUCCGAGAUCUGCGUAUCAACCCGUCCCUCAGUGGAUGGAUCCAGCGAAAACAGCUCGUCUUUUACCUUGUGAGGAUCACCGGCGGGUUCAUGUGUGGACCAGUAACUUCCCUCCUAGACCCAAAGAUUAGAAACUACCCUCCUAGACCCAAAGAUUAGAAACUUCCCUCCUAGACCCAAAGAUUAGAAACUACCCUCCUAGAACCAAAGAUUAGAAACUACCCUCCUAGACCCAAAGAUUAGAAACUACCCUCCUAGACCCAAAGAUUAGAAACUACCCUCCUAGACCCAAAGAUUAGAAACUACCCUCCUAGACCCAAAGAUUAGAAACUUCCCUCCUAGACACAAAGAUUAGAAACUUCUCUCCCUGACCCAAAGAUCCAGAAACUUUCCUCCCGAAGAUCACCGGAAAAGCCUACUGGUCUCUGAAAAUCUAAAACUCAAGUAAAUAAUUGUGUUGCUUCAACCCUUGUGUUGUGUUCUGACCUUUUUUUUUUUUUUUUUAAAUAAUUAUUUUUUGGGGGUGGCUUUUUCCACCUUCUUUUAAUGGAUAGAACAGCAAGGUGAGAAAGAGGCGAGACAUGCAGGAAAUCAUCAUAGGCCGGACUCGAACCCCAGACCUCUGCAUCGAGGCAUAAACAUCCCAGUAUAUGUGCGCCUGUUCUACCCACAUUGCCACUUUCUUCCAUGUUUUAGAAUCUAUUUUUCACUAAAAUCAACUCAUUACCAAUAGUUUUACAUGUAUUUUUGGAAUUCAUGGUCAAUAAAAAUCAUUUAUACCAUUAUAUUA